CCCGCGCGCACAAAAUGGGGAUACCAAAGUUUUUUAGAUUUACGAGUGAACGAUAUCCUUGCAUCGUUAAAAAAUUAAACAAUGAACAUCAGAUACCUACAUUUGAUAAUUUAUAUUUAGAUAUGAAUGGUAUUAUACAUGUUUGUUCUCAUCCAAACGACAAUGAUGUAACAUAUCGUAUAUCAGAAGAAGAAAUAUUUAAAAAUAUAUUUCAUUAUAUAGAAAUACUGUUUCGUUUGGUAAAGCCCGAGAAACUGUUUUUCUUAGCAUUGGAUGGCGUAGCACCUCGUGCCAAAGUUAAUCAACAACGAAGUCGUCGAUUUAAAAGUAUAAAAAAUAUGGAACUGAUUGAAGCCAAGGCACGGGAACGAGGUGAAAAAAUUCCUGAAGAAAAAAGAUUUGAUUCUAAUUGUAUUACACCAGGAACAGUAUUCAUGGCAAAACUUAAUGAACAAUUAAAGUAUUUUGUCACAUAUAAAAUAUCUACGGAUAAGCUGUGGAGAAGGUGUGAAGUUAUUUUGAGUGGAUCCGAUGUACCCGGUGAAGGGGAACAUAAAAUAAUGGACUAUUUAAGGUAUAUAAAGGCCAAGCCAACUUACGAUGGAAAAACUCGUCACUGUUUAUAUGGUUUAGAUGCAGAUCUUAUAAUAUUGGGUUUGUCUACACAUCAACCAUACUUUUCAAUACUUCGGGAAGAAGUUAAAUUUAAUAAAAGCGCAAUGAGGUCGACAAAUAUAGAUGAACUUCAAUUUUGUCUUUUACAUUUAUCUUUGCUAAGAGAUUAUAUUGAACAUGAAUUUUCUUCCGUUAAAGAUAAAUUAAGGUUUAAAUUCGAUAUUGAAAGCAUAAUAGAUGAUUGGAUUUUAAUGAGUUUUUUAGUAGGGAAUGAUUUUAUUCCAUCAUUGCCAUAUUUCUACAUUGGAAAUAAUGCAUUUAUAUUUAUGUACCAAGUGUACAUAAAUACAUUACCCACUUUAGAUGGUUACAUUAAUGAAGGUGGAAUACUGAAUCUCAAACGCUUUAAAAAGUUUUUACAAAAACUUGGACAAUUUGACAUCGACUAUUUUAUUCAAAGUUCUUCUGACACAAAGGAUUUAGAUUUAAAAAGUGAUAAAAUACCAUGUACAAUGCUCAAAAAUGAUAAUCAUUCACCAAAAUUAUUGGCAACAAAGUCAGAAGAUAGUCAUGGUCAUAAUGAAGAUAAUGAAAAUGACAAUGCUAAUAUAGAAGACAAUGAUAAUUCUAAUAAAUCUGACAAGUUUGGUAAUAAUCAUUUUUCGCUUCAUGAAUUCGAAAUGUAUAAGCAUGAUUAUUAUAUGGAUAAAAUGCAUAUAGAGAACGAAGAUAUAGAUGAAAAAUUUUUUCAAGAUCAUAGCGAAAUGUACAUUAAAACACUACAAUGGAAUCUUCAUUAUUAUUAUAAUGGCUGCUGCAGUUGGUCAUGGUAUUUUCCUAACCACUAUACGCUAUUUAUAUCAGAUAUUAAGGAUUUUGAAAAUUUUAAAAUAGAAUUUGAUAUGGCAAAGCCAUUUUUACCGUUCGAGCAAUUAUUGGCCACCUUUCCAGCUGCUAGUCACAGCUUAUUGCCCGCAGCUUAUCAUAAACUUAUAAUCGAUAAAGACUCUCCAUUACAUGAAUUUUAUCCAGAAGAUUUUGAAGUCGAUUUAAAUGGAAAGAAACACGAGUGGGAGGCAAUAGUUUUAAUUCCACUCAUUGAUGAAAAACGUUUAUUAGAAGCAAUGGAGCCAUGUAACAAAAAUUUGACAGCAGAAGAAAAGAGAAGAAAUCGACAUAAACAAAUGAGUGUAUAUACAUACACUGAGAUUAGUCAAGGAUUUCAUAUGGCACCCGAAUAUUUUCCCAGUAUCGAAAGUUAUGCACAAAUCGAAUUAGUCGAUAGGGAAACUAUCAUAGUACCUCAAGAUAAACUAAUUAAAGGAAUACAUAAGGGAUUUGAUAGAGAUGUUUUAUUACCUGGAUUUCCCAUGUUACAACACAUUCCACAUACCUGUUUGGUGUCAAAGGCAAAGUUAAAGAUAUUUGAACUGCCUUCGAGAAACGAAAAUAUGAUUCUUACUCUUAUACCAAAAAAGGCCCCACCUAUAAAAGAUUUAGCUAAGAAAUGGAUUGGUAAAACUGUGUUUGUUAGUUGGCCAUUUUUAUCAGAAGCAUUGGUUGUUGAAGUAUCUAACAGUAAACUUAAAAUGCUGACCAACCAAACGGGGAAAUCAGCGGAUGAGAGCAAUUUAAUAACCAAAUAUCUAUCCGAGAAGGAUAUUACAAGAUGGUUUUCUUCACAUAAAUUUAUAAAUGAAACUUACAAAAUGCAAAUGGGUAUAGAAAUUGGAGAUAUUGAGAUAAUCGUUUGGGCAUUACCCAUUUUGGGUAAGCGCUACGUGUACGACGGAAAAGGAGAAAUGAUUUUAGAAAAACAAUGGAGUGACAAACCAUUGGCAUUCGCAUAUCAACUUACUCUUUUCGACCUUAAAGUGCAUGAACAAUAUGAAAAUCCUGUAAAACCCAUCACCGAUAUAUUUACGCCGAAGUCCGUAUGCUUCAUGUUAGGUCAUCCGCACUACGGAUCCAUGGGAGAGGUUACAGAUGCGGAAGUAGAUUUAAAAUCAAAUAGAAUCAAAGUGGCAAUGAAAGUAGUACCCGAGCCUAACCUUAACGAAAUUCAGAAAUUGUAUUUAAACUCAAAGAAUAAUUAUAUGACGGUUUCAGUGGCAGCACAGCGUCUAAAUAUAAGUUGUUUUCUUUUUACUAAAAUAACGGGAACUGUUUUUGCGAUACAUAAUGACGAGGAAAAUCCCAAAUGGCAUCACAUAGGAUUGAAUUUGAAGUUUACAAAGAUGAACGAGAAAGUAAUGGGAUACACACAGAAAAUUAACGAUUUGUGGUUCUACAGCGAUAAGACCGUUAAAUUGGUAGACGAGUACAUGAGAAAGUUUCCUAAAUUAUUUCUCAAGUUUGAGAAGCAUAUCUCGUCACCUUACCUGUUAACCGAAUUACUUUUUUCAGAAAAUUGUUUGGAGAGCCUCCAGGAGGUGCUAACGUGGCUAAAGGAGCAGCAGAAGAAACUCAAUUUGACCUUAUGUCCUUGUGACGUAGAGUUUCUCGAGGAAGAUGCCGUGCAAGCACUGGAGAAGGUACUCGAUGAGUCGAUCGAGACUCAGCGCAAAGCUACGAAGACGGUCCUUAUGCAGGUGAAGCCCCACCUGCUCUACAGACCAUGUAUCACGAUCGGGGCUGUGUGCCCGGAUCCCAAUGCCCAGCAUCGGAUCCUCGACAGGAUUAUUUGCACGAGGGAAAACUUCCCGGUGCCUUUGGGCUAUAAAGGCACUAUAAUAAGUCUCCACCUGGAAUCCGACAAUCCAACCUGCCAGGUGAUCUUCGACAAAGAAUUCGUAGAGGGAUUAUCGAUUCUUGGAAGCUCGCCGAACCGAUGCUAUAAGAUGGCAAUCACGGAUUUUAUCAACAUAAGUUUCGGUAUUAAUAUUGAGAAUAAGAAUGUAAGCAAGACGAACAUCGUGCCGUUUUCUUGGAGGCAACGAUCGCAGCAAUCGGAUGAUCAGCAUCAGCAGCAGCAGCAGCAGCAGCAGCAGCAGCAGAAACAAUCGCGCCAACAAUCACAUCGUCACUCUUACCAACAGCAGCACAAGCAAUUUAACGACUCGGCGGACAGUUCGCGAACGCCCGAACAUUUGCGGAAGUCUCAAGCGACAUCUCUGAAAUCCAACAACCAAUCGCCAAACCAGAGCCACUUUUAUUCGAUGUUUGCGAAGGAUGGCCAACAAAAUAACAAGUGCAACGAUAAGUCGCAAAGCCCAGCGAAAAGUUAUUCGAGACACGAUCUGUUCACACAGCCAGACACGUUGAUCAAGCCGUCGGACAAUAAUUACAAGUGUAAUAUCACGCCGAUGACGACGAGUAUGGUUGAGAUGGCGAUGUCGCCCAACGAACUUUUGAUGUAUUACAAUAGCAGGAAGAAGACAGUUGUAUUGCAGAAGCAGUUGAACAGGUGCACGAGGACUUCUUUACCAUCGACGCAAAAUGUAAAGAGUAUAGACACGCAACCGACAAAGACACCGCAGGAACUUUGGAAAGAGCUCAAUGAUAUGCAGAAACCUGUAGAGCCGGCAAAAAAGCAAAUAGAGUCAACUGCAAAAGACGAGACGAAUCCAAUUUCAGCCAAUCCCGAUACUUCCCCUCAAGACCCUAGUGCUUUCUUGAAAGCAAUAUUGAAAAUUUCUGACGAAAAAACGCAAAGCAACAAAGCAUCUUCCUCGACUCCGGCGCCGCUGACAAACAAACCUUUACAGUUUACUCAAACGCCAAAAGCAACCGACACUCCGCCCUUGGUGCAACAGUUGUUCGAUCACCAUUCGCGCCAGACGGAGAUGAAGGGCGACAAUAAUUCGUUCUAUCGGCUCCAGGUGAGCUCGCACUUUCAGAUGCUCGGCUCGGAACCGCCCAGGUACGUCUACAGCGAUAGCCAAGAGAAUACCGUGCGCGUCCAGGUCUUACUGCCGGACCUGGGGCUCUUCUUCGGUGAUUACUGUCACUCGUACAACGAGGCCGUCGAGAGCGCCGCCAAAAAGGUCUACGAGGAACUGAAAUUGGACAAAAGGGUGAUGACGUUGCACCCUCCGCCCCGACAGUGGUUCAAUAACACGAUAAAUAAUAUUCGCCAUCCAGGAGCUCAGCCGGUUAACGUGAAUCCCGUGCUACCCUCGGCCUUCCCCCAAGUCCAGCAAGUCCCCCAAAUUCCUCCAAUUCCUCCAAUCCCUCCAAUCCCCCAAAUCCCUCAAAUCCCUCAAAUCCCACCAAUUCCUCAAAUCCCUCAAAUUCCUCAAUUGUCGCAUGUCCGGGCAAUGCAGUUUCCCAUGCCCAAGUGGAAUCCAACGAUCCCACAGAACCCACUAGCAAACUUUACGCAUCACGUUCCCCAACAAAUGAAUCAUCAGUUGCAUCAGCCCAAGCAGCAGGCUCGCUUUCCUCCUCAGUCCCCACGCAGUAACUUUGAGACUAAACCUAUCAAGCACGAGCCCACGAUAAUCAAUUCAACGCCAUUUGUACCCCUUCAGGCGCAAAAGAAGACACGAAAAAUAAAUAAGCAACUCAACAGUGAUGAACAACACAAAGAACCUCAGCAGCAGCAGCAGCAGCAGCAGCAGCAGCAUAAACCACAGGAAAAGAAGUUUCAACAACAGCAACAACAAAAGCAACAAGAAAAAAGGCCUCAACAACAGCAUAAACAGCAGGAAAAAAAAUCUCAACAGCAGGAAAAGAAGUCUCAACAACAGCAGCAGGAGAAAAAGUCUCAACAACAGCAGCAUAAACAGCAGGAGAAAAAGUCUCAACAACAGCAGAAUAAACAGCAGGAUAAAAAGGUACAAAAUAAGCAACAGCAGCAACAGCCACAACAGCAGCAGCAGCAGCAGCAGCAGCAACAAAAACAGCAGCCACAACAAAAGAGGGAUUCGGUUGAUAAUAAAAUGGACCAGAAAUUCAACGAUGUCGAUGCCAAGCAAAUAAACCAAGAGACCAGGAUCAAUAAUAAGUUCAAUGAAUCGGACAUGGAGAGAAGUCCAGCACAGUACGUGCAAAAUGCACAGAAGGGUCAGAAGUUCGUCAAGCAAAGACGAUCUCGAGUUGCUGCUAAAUUUCAAUCCGACCCAAUCACCAAUGGGGGAGAGGAACAAUGAAUAAUAGUAAAUUACGUACAGAAUGAACAUUUUUAAUAUGUACAUGAUUGCGAUGGAAAAUAUUUCCCAAGAGUGAUAAUUUUCAUUAAGAAGGAAGUCUACAGUCUGCAUUAAAUUUCCUUUGUCUUUCUUAUAUAUAUAUA